CUACUUUAAAAUAAUAUCUGAAAGGCUACACUAUUCAACAACAACAACAACGAUAACGACAACAAGAUCAGCAUCUACAACAACUAGACAAUAGUAUAGUUAGCAGCGACCUAGUGGCAUUGGUAUAGAAGAAGUUAGGUUGACAAAAUGACGUGCCCAACACCGACAGACAACGAGAAAAUCAAAGGUGACUCCAAUAACAACAACAACAACAACAACAGCAACAGCAUGGUCGAUGGAACUGGAGAUUGUCCAUUGUUACGUCAACGUCAGAGACGGAAACCGCGGGUCCUCUUCUCACAGGCACAAGUCUAUGAACUGGAAAGACGAUUCAAACAGCAACGCUACCUAUCGGCGCCAGAAAGGGAACAGCUAGCGAAUAUGUUGAAGCUAACCUCAACACAGGUCAAAAUCUGGUUUCAAAACCGUCGCUACAAAUGCAAACGCCAACGUCAGGAUAAAAACCUGGAACUGUCGACGAUGCAGCCACCGAGGAGAGUGGCCGUACCAGUACUGGUUCGGGAUGGCAAACCAUGUUUGGGGCAGAGCAGUGUCAGUCCACCAUACUCCACUCCGUACAAUGUCAAUCCAUUCGCCUACUCAACCGGCCCAGUCUACAGCAACAACAACAACAAUAACCUAACGUCAGUCAAUCAAAUCCAACAGACAAGUUAUGUACAGAAUCAAAUUCACCAUGGAAUCCGAGCAUGGUGAAAAA